GCACACCAGAAAAGCAAAAAUAAACUGGAGAACUGGAUCCAAACGUAAACGCAGAUGCUCGUUCUUUGGAUCUGUGCCUAAGAGAUACCUUUAAGAAGGUCGAAUAAUUGAGAGAAAAACAAAAACUAUUGCUCGUUGAUCUAUCUUCAGGCUAUAAUCACCGUAGCAGCUUCGCAGAUCAGGGUUUUGUUUACUUACACUCAGGACACUGAUAGGCUGCUUCUCGAGGAAUAAUAUUUGGCUCACCCAUUAACACUUGAGCUGCAAUGUCGGGAUUAUUUAAUUCAUCUAUCGACGGGUCAGCAUCUAAUCUUCCGGACAGUAGCGGACGCUCUUUUGCAACAUCUUUCUCUGGCCAGUCUGGUGCUGCCUCCCCUGUUUUCCAUCACAGUGGUUCUAUUCAGGGACUACAUAGUAUUCAUGGUAGCUUUAAUGUUCCCAACCUGCCUGGUACACUCGCAUCAAGAAACUCAAUGUUAAGUAAUGUUCCAACUGGUGGGGUUCAACAACCUACUGCGAGCCUUUCAGGCGGAAGAUUCGCAUCAAAUAAUCUCCCAACUGCACUUUCUCAGUUAUCUCAUGGCAACUCCCAUGGUCAUUCAGGAGUAACCAAUAGAGGAGGUAUUAGUGUUGUCGGAAACCCUGGAUUCAGUAGUAACACAAAUGGAGUUGGUGGUUCAAUUCCUGGCAUUCACCCCACCUCUGCAUCAAUUGGUAACCGCAAUUCUGUUCCGGGAUUGGGAGUAUCCCAAAUUUUGGGAAAUGCAGGUCCUAGGAUAACGAGUACUAUGGGAAACAUGGUUGGUGGGGGAAACAUUGGGAGGAACAUUAGUUCUGGGGGAGGAUUAUCUGUACCUGGUCUUGCAUCUCGUCUGAAUUUAAGUACCAAUAGCGGAUCUGGAAGUUUAACAAUGCAGGGACAGAAUCGGUUGAUGAGUGGUGUGCUUCCUCAGGGAUCUCCUCAGGUAAUUUCAAUGUUAGGUAAUUCUUAUCCGACUGUUGGGGGUCCACUUUCCCAGAGCCAUGUUCAAGCUGUGAACAAUCUUAGCUCUAUGGGAAUGUUGAAUGAUGUGAACUCAAAUGACAAUUCCCCUUUUGACAUAAAUAAUGAUUUCCCUCAGUUGACAAGUCGUCCUAAUUCUGCUGGAGGGCCUCAAGGACAAUUGGGUUCAUUACGGAAACAAGGUCUUAGUCCCAUUGUUCAACAAAACCAAGAGUUCAGCAUUCAAAAUGAAGAUUUCCCUGCUUUACCAGGAUUUAAAGGUGGUAAUGCUGAUUAUGCAAUAGAUUUGCACCAGAAAGAACAACUUCAUGACAAUACCAUGUCUAUGAUGCAAUCUCAGCACUUCUCUAUUGGGAGAUCGGCAGGAUUUAACUUGGGUGGAUCAUAUUCAUCUCAUCGGCCACAGCAGCAACAUGCUCCAUCAGCCAGUGGUAGCGGGGUAUCCUUUCCACCUAUAAACAACCAAGAUCUUCUCCAUUUACAUGGCUCAGAUAUUUUCCCUUCAUCACACUCGAGCUACCACUCACAGGCUAAUGGACCACCUGGAGUUGGAUUAAGACCUUUAAAUUCCACAACUACUGUUUCUGGAAUGGGUUAUGAUCAGCUCAUCCAGCAAUAUCAGCAACAUCAGAACCCUUCCCAGUUCCGUCUUCAACAGAUAUCAACUGUCAAUCAAUCAUUUAGGGAACCAGGCAUGAAGUCAAUGCAGGCUGCACAGUCUAAUCCAGAUCCAUUUGGUUUACUCGGUUUGCUAAGUGUAAUAAAGAUGACUGAUCCUGAUUUAACUUCCCUUGCUCUCGGAAUUGAUCUGACUACACUUGGCUUAAACUUAAAUUCAUCUGAAAAUCUUCACAAGACUUUUCGUUCUCCGUGGUCUGAUGAACCAGCUAAGGGUGACCCAGAGUUCACUGUGCCACAAUGUUAUUACGCCAAGCAACCACCCCCAUUACAUCAAGGCUAUUUUUCAAAAUUCACUGUGGACACAUUGUUCUAUAUAUUUUACAGCAUGCCUAAAGAUGAAGCUCAACUAUAUUCUGCAAAUGAACUUUAUAAUAGAGGCUGGUUUUACCACAAAGAGCACCGAGCAUGGUUCAUAAGAGUCCCCAAUGUUGAGCCACUGGUUAAGACAAACACAUACGAGAGAGGUUCUUAUCACUGUUUUGACCCAAAGUCAUUCGAAACAAUCCGCAAGGACAAUUUUGUUGUUCAUUACGAGAUGUUGGAAAAGAGACCAGCUUUACCUCAACAUUAAACAUGUUUAUUUAUUUAUUUUUCUGGUGUAGAUUGUAAAGCUUAAAAGUAAUUUAAGUCCUUCAUUAGAAACAUCAGAUUGCAAUGAGUAGGAAAUAUUUAUGGCCUUUUCCCCAUCUAUUCUAAGGCUUUUUCAUUCA